AGAACCGCUGGUAGAUCUGUCCAUCUGUGUUGAUGCGUAAUUUGUUGAAAUUGAUAGUAGCUGUGCGCGUAGUGAUCGAACGGUAGUUUGUGUACAAUUGUUUAAGAGAGAUGCUGGCCACAACUGAGGGUCUAUUGAUAUAAUGAGCACAUGGAAAUUAGUGCAAAGGCGGUGUUAUGACCUCCUGUCAAAUAAAUAUUCAUUACUCGUAAUCUUAGUCGCGUUUACCUGUAUUUUCAUCGGCAUCAUUCACUUUGGAGAGGUCUGGUUAGUGUGGAGUAAAGAGAAGUACGAAGCAGUAUUUCAUUCAUUUAAUGACAACAUACUUGAAACUUCUUUUCAAAAAAAGUUAUGUCAGCAUGUGCCUAUCGAUGUAGUUUACACUUGGGUGAAUGGCUCCGAUCCUACAUUUCUUCAUAGUCUUCAGAAGUAUGUUCCUCUAACUGACAUCAACGUUGUUACUUCAAGAUUUGACGACAAAGAUGAAUUACGAUAUUCACUCAGGUCUUUGGAAAUGUAUGCUCCAUGGGUGAGGCAUGUCUACAUUGUUACUAACGGGCAAAUCCCAAGCUGGUUAGAUAUGGACAAUCCGAGACUCACCCUGAUCACUCAUGAAGAUAUAUUUCUUGAUCAUAAAGAUCUACCUACAUUUUCUAGUCCUGCUAUUGAAAGCCAUAUUCACAGGAUUCCUGGGCUCUCUGAUAAAUUUUUGUAUUUUAAUGAUGACGUUUUACUCGGAGCUGAGAUUUGGCCAGAAGAUUUUGUGACUAAAGCAGGAGGACAGAAAGUGUACCUUGCAUGGUGGGUACCAGAUUGUUCAGAAAUUUGUCCCUGGGCUUGGGUAGGCGAUGGGGCAUGUGAUCCAGCAUGUAAUACAACAAUGUGUGAAUUUGACGGUGGUGACUGUGAGCCUACACCUAUACCAACUGAAAGCGCACAGGUGGAAGAAGGUGGUGACUAUCCGUAUAAGUUUCUACAUAAAAAUCAGAUGAGGAACAGAGACGCGGCUAGAAUAUUAGAUAUUUUAAAAAGGAGAAAUGACGAACAGCUGAAACUAUCCGCAGCCAAUGCAACCAUGUCUCGAUCGUUAAAGCUAUACGAUAACAAACUCUUCAGCAGUGUGACUGGUUUGCUUCAGAAUAGAGUUGAAAAUUUACCCAAAAAUAACAGAGCCAAAAGUGACUCGUGGAAAGUGAUCGAUAGAAGAUUACAAUCACCCAAAGUGAUUGGAGAAGCAAUCGACCAGUCAGAGCACACCGAUAUCCUAAAAAUAAAGUUUCGCAGACUUUUUUCGCAGGACAAAAAAAAUAUAAGUGAACCUAUUGCAGUGAUUCAACCAAAAAACUCUAGUCACCUGAAUAUAAGUACAACUAAUAAAUCGAAGCGCUUGGAACGACGAAACCAGUUACAGCGUUAUCUGAAUGAUGACAUAAUAAAUUUAGUCCAUGUCAACAAUUCGAAUAAGUCUAUCAAAUACAAUAACCAGGCAGCUGAAUAUGAAGAUAGUGACAUUCAACCGACACAAUGGAAGCACAGAUCAAGAAAGUUGGAUACAUAUGCAGAAUCUCUAUUGUAUGUGAAUAAAAUUUAUAACUUAGCUUACGGGUUUGAAAGACGGAGAGUGCCAGCACACAUGCCACAUCUAUUGGACAAGUCUAUAAUUGAAAAAAUGCACAUGAAAUUUGAUAAGGAGUUCAAGAAAACAUCCAGCCACAAAGUUAGAAAUCCGGAAGAUAUGCAAUUUGCAUUUUCCUACUUCUAUUUCCUUAUGAGCGAGAAGGUUGAUGUUCCUGUCGAAUUAUUAUUCGAUUUAUUUGACACCGACAAGUCAGGAACCUGGUCCGAUAGAGAAAUCAGAACAUUAUUAACUCGGAUCUACCCACUGCCAUUAGACUAUGGCCUGGUAAUGCAAUUUGAAAAUGAAAUUUUAAAUUGUUCCAAAUUCGUGGAUCUCACAUAUGCUCCACAAACUCCACCCGGAGAAAGAUACCUAGAUUCAACUCUUCCUGUGGUGACAAAAAAAUUGAUUUCUAUGUGCGACUCAAUUGCUAAGCAACUUCACGUGAAGUUCAGUAAAAGGAAACGCUACAAACAUGAAUACUUCAAAGGUGAUAGAAGUGAAGUUUUCAGAAUGCUGACCAGUAAUGUUUCGUUGACCGUCCAACUCCUCGACGAACUUCGAAAAGAGCCAAAAAAAUUUAUGUGUCUGAACGAUAACAUGGAUCCUACGCGACAGUCGGAAAAUGAAGUGGUCCGGGCUUUGCUUGGAGAUUUUUAUCGCUCGUUGUACCCUUUAAGAAGUACUUUUGAAUUACCUGCUCAAUAUCGAAACCGAUUCUUCCACCGCCAGGAACUUUUAGAGUGGAGAGCAAACCGAACUAAAGCUAGAAAUCUGUUACUGUGCCUGUUGACUUUAUUACUUGGGGUAAUGGUUUACAAUUUAUUUUACCACCAAGCAAGAAGAUUAUUGCGCUUCCGGACUGCAGCUGUACUUCUUGUAUGAAUGGAUAAUAUUCACAUGAACUGUAAAGAGGGAUGAAUUACAUCCACAUGUUUUAGUUAUAUAGUACUUACAAAUCUGAAUUUGUUAAUAUAAUAGGUAUUACAGGUUGUGACGUAGAAUUGAGAUUACUACAUCGAGACUUUGUUGGAUUGCGUAUCAAGCAGUAUCCUGUAUUGUCCUGUACUGUACUGUCUUAUUAUUUUACAAAACAACAGUCGAAUUAUGUACAGUUCUUGUUGUAACUAGUCAAACAACUAUUUUAUAAUUUAUACAUCAGCGCUUUAUGCUGUGAAUUCAAAUAAAAUAUUUAUAAGGAUCCAGCCGUGUUACUCAUAUAUCACUGUAUAGUUAUGUAUUACAAUACACAAAUGACUUGAAUAGUAAGUGAUCGAUGAUAAAUAACUUCAAACUGGUUAGCGAAGUGAGUGUAGAUUUAAAAUUGAAGACGUUGAUCUCACAGCUCUUCGGUACAUUUUGUAAUAUGUUGUUACAACCAACUCACAAAUGGGUGUAAACUUAUAGGUUUUUUGAUAUUUGACAAGGCAUCUUAUGAUUCAUCCGACUUUGAACAUCUGACAAUGAAAUGAUAAUUUUGUUUUUUGAAUACUUGUAGGGUUCGCACUCUACCAACUCAGAACUCAGAAUCAGUGGUAAAAGUACAUGGAUUGCAGAUUUGUCAAGUUCCAACCACUUGCGAGUCGGCGGUUCAUCCAAUGAAGGACAACUGAAAUGACGAAGAUUUCGUGGACCUACCAUACCUUCCUGAAGUUCGGAACAUUCUGUCAACCACACCACAACAUUUGAUAAUUGCGCUGGUAGCAAACGGGGCCCAAUACCUGUGACGAUGAUAUUUGUUGAAUGGCUUGCUAAAAGUCUAUUUCGCCCAGGGUGACACAAAGAGAACAUACCUCCGAACUGGCGAAGCAGAACUUUCAAGAAUCCAAUAGUUAGCCCAGAUUCAGUACUUGGUGGUGGAUAUUCUAGCCUUAGCUUAAUCGGCAACUCUUCACCAUCAGCCAAAGCUCUAAAAACAUCACCAUCCAUCGUUAGCUGGGAGAACUUGGGUACGAUUGGAAACGUAAUUGGUUAUCCAGAAGCGGAAUGUAACGUGGAUUUUUGUACUACCCCACCAUUGGAUUCAUGCAUGGCAGAGAUGUUGGAGGCAGAGAUUUGCCGAGUGGCAAAUGGCGAGUGGCGACCGAUCAAAGAGUUCCCUGCUUACAUGCUAAUGACAUCUAACCGGUAGCUAUUCAAACUAAUUUUUUUAUCAAACACACAUAUUUCCCAUAGUGAAUCUGUGUGCAGAUGGAUUGACACUAGUCAGGAGUAUACCACACGCAUAUGAUCAUCCAAAUAAACUCCUGGGAGGUCACGUGACUAGCGGUGUGACGGACAAGUGUGUUGCAGAGAAGAGGUGUUUAGUUUUGGCCCAUGUUGGGAUAAGUUGGACGCUGCAACAUCGCGUUUAAAUCCGUAAUUAUAAUGGUUUUAAAAGUGUUUCUGGUUUAUAUUAUACUACGAUAGUGUCAACGGUGUUGUGUUUUUGAAAAAAAAAAAUCCUGGAGACUUGACAAAUAUGUG